AUGGGCGGCAAACCAAAAUUCAAACCAUCCGCCAAGCCCAACAAUACCAUCAAGCAAGACCUACUUUCAAAAACCACAACCACAAGCACCGAAGAUACAAUACCAGAGAACUGGCCUCAAGAUAUCAAAUUCCUCACCGAUCACGCCUACACCCCCGCAGCUCUUGAACUUCAACCCAAACUCUCGCGAGCGCCCUCCGACAACAGUUCCGACCCAUGGACCAAAGUCCAAUCAAACCUCAUCCACCCCAUAACACCACACAUCCAAAUCACCACAAUCACAUCUCCCACCCACCCAGCCUGUGGCCAACGCGGUCUCUUCGCAGCCUCAGACCUCCCACCAGAUUCUUUCAUCCUCCUCUACCUCGGACUGGUACACACGAAUAGUCUGUCCGAUACAGAUCCUCAUUCCGAUUAUGAUCUCAGUCUAGAUCGAGAGAUUGGGCUGAGUGUUGAUGCCUCGACUAUGGCAAACGAGUCCCGCUGCGCGAACGAUUAUCGCGGUGUAGCGGAGAGGCCGAAUGCAGAGUUUAGAGAUUGUUAUGUACAGGUUCCGUCGGAGAAGAGAGCGGAUGGGGUGAGGUGGGAGAGACGAGUGGGGAUUUUUGUGUUGAGUGCGGGGAAAGUUGGGAAUGCGAAGAGGAGGAGGGGGAUUUUGAAGGGGGAGGAGGUGUUGGUUAGUUAUGGGAAGGGAUUCUGGGAAGGACGUCAGUUGUUGGGAAUGUUUAGGAAAGAUGAUGAGAUGGCUAGGACUGCUACGCUGGCGCUCGAGCAUUGA